GCGCUUGCCGCCCGGAGUGUAGAAGCUGGGAAACAUGGCUGCGGCGUGUCGCAGCGUGAAGGGUCUGGUAGCCGUUAUAACUGGGGGAGCCUCUGGCCUGGGCUUGGCCACUGCGAAACGACUAGUGGCUCAGGGCGCCUCCGCUGUGCUUCUGGACCUGCCCAACUCCGAUGGGGAGGCUCAAGCCAAGAAUUUAGGAAAGAGCUGCACCUUUGCCCCAGCUGAUGUGACCUCUGAGAAGGACGUGCAAGCAGCUCUGACUCUAGCAAAAGACAAGUUUGGCCGAGUGGAUGUGGCUGUCAACUGUGCAGGCAUCGCAGUGGCCACAAAGACUUACAACUCGAAGAAGAACCUGCCUCAUGCCUUGCAGGACUUCCAGCGGGUCCUCAACGUGAAUCUCAUAGGCACCUUCAAUGUGAUCCGCCUGGUGGCAGGGGAGAUGAGCCAGAAUGAACCGGAUGCGGGAGGCCAACGCGGAGUCAUCAUCAACACUGCCAGCGUUGCUGCCUUUGAGGGCCAGGUUGGCCAAGCUGCAUACUCGGCUUCCAAGGGUGGCAUAGUGGGCAUGACGCUGCCCAUUGCCCGGGAUCUGGCUCCCAUAGGCAUCCGGGUGAUGACUAUUGCUCCAGGCCUGUUUGGCACCCCGCUGCUGACCACUCUCCCAGAGAAGGUGCGCACCUUCUUGGCCAGCCAGGUGCCCUUCCCCAGCCGACUGGGUGAUCCUGAUGAAUAUGCUCAUCUGAUCCAGAGCAUCAUUGAAAACCCGUUCCUCAACGGAGAGGUCAUCCGGCUGGACGGGGCCAUCCGCAUGCAGCCUUGAAGGGAGCAGGCAGAGAAGACGCAUUCCUCUGCCUCCCUUCCCUGUAACUGCCCACCAGUCACCCUCUGUGCCUAAUAAAGUUUCUUUCUCACAGGGCAAAA